ACGAGGAGACAGCCGCGAGGACAGCGAACAGAAGGCGGGAGAACAUGGAACAUGAAACCUAUGGUCUUCAUGUAGGCUUUGCCCCGGACUGCACCACCACCACCACCGCCGCCACCACCUGCCCUCCCGGUACCGGUCAAUGAGAGCGAGCAGCAGCUCAGUCUGAAUCCUCCCUCGUUCUCUCUCUCUCUCCCUCUCUCUAUCAUGCUUUCCUCACCUCCAUACGAUGAAGAACACACUCGUCUUAUUUUAGCAACACUGCCUUCCUCCUCCUCCUCCUCCUCCUCCUCCUUGUCUUCCUUCUCUCUUGCCCUCCUCCCUCUCUCCUGAGUUUUGACUCCCUCUCUUUUUCAAACACACACACACACACACACACACACACACACACACGUCAUGAAGCGUGGGUCGAGUGUGUUGCAGCCUCCCUCUGAUGCGGCCAAACGACACACACACACACACACACACACAGGCGGCGUGUGCGGUGAACACACGGCGGACGCGCGCGCCGAAGGUUCAAGCCCUUUCCCAGCAGCCACCUCUCUGUUCAGCCCUGAUGUCAGCACCAAGAUGGCGUCCGACCUCCUGAUCAGGCUGUCAGAGGCCACGCAGAAAGUCCAAGUGCAUCCUGGGAGCCAAGUGGAGGCAGAACCUGAGCGGCGUGAGGCCCACCCGGAAGCACGCGGCGGUCAGCAGGACGAGCCCGGCCCCGCUCUCUCACCGGACGGCCCUGGGGCCAGUCCAGACCCGCCGCCGCUCACGCACACGGCCGACGGCAACGCGACGCCGGACACGCUGGCCUCUGACCUGCUGAGGAAACUGGCGGAGCGACAGGAGGAGCACUGUCAUGGCGUCAGGGUCAAAGAAGAAGAAGAGCCGGUGGAGGUGGACGCCGUGGCGAUCUCUGACCUCAUCCACGAGCGACCGCUCGCCACAGAGAUGACCUCAUUCCCGCCCAAAAUGCAGAGCUGCCGUCUGUUCGCCAUCAAAACAGAGGAGCAGAGUCUCAGCAGCAACAGGACAACUGAGCACCUGCUCCCCCGAGCCAAAAUGGCCGACCGCUGUCUCCUUGGCCUCAAGAUGGAGGACGGUUUCUUCCCUCGAGGGCCCCACGUUGGUGCUGAGGCGGCCGUCGGCGUCAACGAGUUUCACUUUAGAGUGAAAAUGGAGGCUCAGGACGGAGCCAAGAUGGCGGAGGAGCUUCUCUCCGGAGCCAAGAUGGAGGACCAGUUUCUGCUGAAGGCGAAACACCUGUCAGAGCGGCCAAAGCUCGGCCACAGCAAGUGUCUCUCAGGAGUGAAGAUGGAGGAGGCGUUCCCGUCAGGAGCCAAGAUGGCCGACCGGCUCCACCCCGGAGCCAACAUGGCUGACCAGGUGUUUUCCAGAGUGAAGGCGGAGGAGCAGCUUUUCUUUGGAGCCAAAAUGGAGGAUCAGUGUCUGAGGGCGGUGCUGUGGCAGGACAUGUCGGUGAACCUGGCGUCAACACUGCUGCACCAGCUGUCAGAGAGGGUCACUAAAUCCACCGGUCAGCUGAUGGAGAGGUCGACUCCGCCCAUCAGGAGCAGUCCUGUUUUGAAGCUGAAUGUGGACUCGCUCCGCCCCCCCACACUUGUGAACGCCCAGGAACCUGUACAAGAAACUCAAACCAGCGUCAGCAGAGCUCAAACUACAGGUUAUUUCUACAGGUGUCAUGUGUGCGGGUUUGAGACGGAGGGGCGUGUCCUCUUCCAGAGUCACAUGACGGAACACCGCCAAUGGGAGCGCGGCUCCUUCUCGCUGCACUGUUGUGUGUGUGAGCACUCGACCAAUCAGGAGGCAGAGAUGAGCGUUCACGCCCACACACACGUGCACGGAGACACGGGCGUCAACGGAGACGCCAGCUGCCCCGUCGUCACCCCCCCUCCCCCCUCCCUCUCCUCCAGCAGGGCUCCUGCAGUUGCCAUGGUAACCCAGCCGGAGACGAGCAGCUCUGAGCAUCGCUGCCGCAUCUGCCAGAGGUCGUUUCCAGGGCAACAGGAGCUGCUGGUUCACUUCCAGGGUCAUCGCCAAGGCAACCAGUACCGGUGCGACCGGUGCGGUCACCUGACGCGGACGGCCAACAAGCUGGUGGAGCACGUGCGCGUGCACACGGGCGAGCGGCCGUUCACCUGCGACCUCUGCCCUUACAGCGCCAAGAGGCGGGACAGUCUGCGUCUGCACUGCAAGGUCAAACACGCUAACGCUAACGCUAAUGCUGGCGGCGGUGGAGCGGCGGACACGCCGGGCGACGUGCACACGCACCGAUCAUACGUGCACGGAGACAAUCAGCGCUCACACAAACACGUGCAGCGUCUGCACACGCGGCCGCACACACACACACACACUGCUGCACCUUCAUCAUCAUCAUCAUCGUCGUCGUCGUCUCUCCCUCCUCUUCAUCCCUCGCUCUCUGACCGAGCAGGAUGGAGAGAUUUAUCUCCUCUCAUCCCCAUCACUACACUCAUCUCUCUGAAGCCACGCCCCCUUUCAGCCUCCUCUUCCUCCUCUUCCUCCUCCUCUUCUUCUAAACACUCGUUUCUCUGUUACCUUGGUCUGACAACAUCUUAAUAAACUCUCCUUCUUCCCUUUCUUCCUCUCCUACCUAUCAUCUCCUCAUUUCCUGCCUUCUUCUCUACUUCUCUUUGCUUCUCCUGUUCUCUUACCUUGUUUCCUCUCCUUGAUUCCUUUUUUCUCCUCUCCUGCUCAUCUCUCCUUGUUUCCUCACAACUUUCCUUUCCUUCCCUGUUUCCUCCUCUCUUGGUGUCCUCUCCUCCUCACUCCUUGUUUCCUCCCCUCCCAUCCUUUCUCCCUUUCUUCCUCUCCUUUAUCCCUUUCAUCUCCUUGUUUCCUCACCAACUGCCUCCUUUCCCCUUUCUCUCCCUUCCUUUCCUCACUAGUUUCCUCCUCUGUUCUCAUUUCCUCACUCGUGUCCUGACACCAUCUCCUUUCCUCUCUUUUUGUUUCCUCACUAGUUUAAUCUUUCCUUCCCUGUUUCCUCCCUUGCUUCCUUGCUUCCUCUGGACUGUUGAAGUGAUGGAUGUAAACAAACUGCUCGAUGCACUGAGAACUGUUUUUUUGAAGACGUUUUUUUGCAUCCUGCUCGUGAUGAUGUCGCUGCCUGCUGACGCUGACGCCGCCCACAGAACUCCACGCUGUUUAACCGCGUCACAUAUUUACUGCCUGUCGCUCUCGUCCUUCACAAACCACGCCCCUCAAAAUCCUCCCGUUACUUUGAGACUCUUUCGUUGUCCGAUCGCUCGCAGAGAAAAUAAAAGUCUAAACGCCUAAAGUUUUUACUGUCGGUUUUCAGUAAAAGUUGCGAAAUAACUUCAUUUUAACAAUCAGCUGGGAAAACAGCUCACUCUCCCACACCAAAGCCCAUAGAGAAAAUCAGUGAUUUAAGCUUGUGGGGACACAGCAGCUGCUGGUCUACUGCUGCCUCGUGUGGUCACUUUGUGUCACUGAGGUGAAUCUGAAUGAUGUUUUUCAAAUGCCGAAGUGACAAAAUAAUAUUUUUGAACUGAGUGACGGAGGCAGCAGUGGAUCAACAGCUCCUGUGUGCUGUGGUGUUAAAAUCACUGAUUUUCUCUGUGGGCUUUGGUGUUGUUGGAAAAGUCUGUCUCACAGUGAGAUAAAGACGUGAACGCGUUCUUAAGACAACGUAGACUUAAACUGACAUAGAUUUCAUUAACUGAGUUUUGUUAAGUGGCUAAAAUCGAUGCAUGUCAUUUGUCGUGAUUUUGAGACGUUUCUUCGUUCUUUUUGGGGGAUUUUUGAGGUCACAUGGUUUCUGUCGGACGGUGAUUAUAUUUCUAAUAUUUGUGUUGUAUAUUGAUAAUAAUGUGUUUGUGUUUACAUACUUACUACGCGAGGCUCCUGUAAGAGCUUGAAAUGUCUUCAUUUAAAGUUGCACUAUGUAGUUUUAAUAAGACAUAAAUCAUUUGAGAAUAUUUAACUGUUUAAUUUAUAAAAAGAACAACAAUUAAAAUAAUAAUAAUAAUAAUAAUAAGAACUCUUUACCAAACCUGAAGGUUCAGUGAAAAUAAAGAAAGAUUAAAAAAACAUAUAUAUAAUAUAAAAGCAGAGACCACAGAGCGCCCUCCUGUGGUCGGAGUAAGAAGUGUAUCUCUACCUGCACGUUUCAUCAUCACUUUACUUCACACACACACACACACAGACACACAAGCAUGACACUCAUCACUUCAUCUCUUUUAUUUUGAAGGUUAACUGCUGUAUCCUGUUACUGUUCGCUGCUGCAAUGAUCAAUAAAGUUUGAUUUCAUCUGA